AUGUCGCAGUAUUUAAAACAUUUUACCGAGAAGGAAAUCGAUAGCUUCCGAGAAGCAUUUUAUUUAUUUGCUAAAAAUCGAAAUGAAAAUCCAAUUUAUAUUAGGACUGUUGAUGAAUUAGUGUUAAUAAUGAGAAGUCUUGGAUUAUCUCCAACUGUUAAAGAAAUUACAAGCUAUAUGAAGAAAUACAACAAUAAAAUAUCAUUUUCCGAUUUUCUUGAAGUAGUUCAUAUGCAUUCCAAAGUUGAGAAACUUCCCGAUGAAAUUUUAGAUGCUUUUCAAGCAUAUGACACUAAAAACACUGGGAAAAUAAAUGCUCGCAUUUUACGGAACAUUUUAAUGAACUGGGGAGAGAAGCUAACUGAAAGAGAAAUACAGGCAACUUUUAGAGAAGCAAAUAUUUCUAUUACAGGAGAUGUUAACUAUCGUGAAUUCUUGAAAAUUAUUUCUACACCCGUACCUGAUUAUUAA